CUGUUUUCAAAUGCCCCCUGUGACAGAGCUGUGGUGGAAACUGUGAAAACAUCUCAAUAACCAGAUGCUGGAUGUUUUGAUAGUGGGAGGAGGUCCUCAUGCUCUGAUUCUGGCUACACUGCUCUCCAACCCUCAGCAGCAUGUGAGCUCCUCCAGUGCAGACAUUUUCCAAGGGAUACAGCUCAGCAAGAGCAGAUCCAAGAGUGGACGACCCAGGAGCAAAAAGCGACAUACUGGCAUAACAUUAGAGGAGCACAACCAGUCCACAUCUCCUCCCUGCCCUCCUCUUCACUUCAAGGUGGUGGACUCUUAUGGAGAAUGGGCUUCCCUGUGGGAGAGCCAGUUCACGGCCCUCAGAAUCCCUCACCUUCGCUCACACACUCUGGUCCACACUGAUCCUCUAAAUAAGAAGGCCUUGCAGGAGUUUGUGUUGGAAACCGAUCGUGUGGCAGAGCUUCGCUGUCUCCCUGAGAGGAUCUACAUUCAGGAUGAAAAUGCCUUCUUUAAUGAUAACCGUCUGGGGAAGCGAGACAAAAAGCUCCUGAGUGCUGCAGCAGGACUACAGAAAAGCCUCUACUUCAGCCUGCCGGGAACUCAGCUCAGCGUGGACUUCUUCAAAGAACAGGUGCGGAGAUACACACUGGAUCAUGUGCUGAUCAAAGGCACUGUGGACAGAAUCACUCCACUUCUCUCUGAGACGCAAAAGAAAGUGGAGUUUUUCAGAGUAACUCUAGACACCGGCGACACCGUUGAUGCCAAAAGAAUCGUGAUGGCGACAGGACCUACCAGGGCGCAGAUGGCAAAUAUCCCAUCAUGGGUUUCAGCCAUCGCAGAGAGCUACCCAGAGGAGAGGCUGCAGCACACGGUGGAUCUGAUGCACCUCUACUCUCGACAUAAAACCUUGGGCACUCCCUUCACAGGUCCUCCUCCUGUCUGCUGUUUGGGCCAGAAAGUAAUGGUGGUUGGUGGUGGCCUGACCAGCGCCCACAUCAUUUCCAUGGCUCUGCAGCAAGGUGCAAGUCAUGUGACUUGGGUCCUGCGCAAACAUUUACAGCUGAAGCAGUUUGAUGUUGGAGAUGUGGAGAGCCUGAUUGGCCGCUAUUCACAUGUGGAGCACGGUAUAAAGUUGGAUGGUCUGGCCUACCUGCGGCAGUUCUACAGCGAAAGAAGUCUGCACAGGAGGCUUGCCAUGAUCAAACAGGCUCGCAAAGGAGGAGCAGUCACCCCAGAGGCAUAUGUUAACCUGCAGCCUUUCAUUCAGUCAGGCCAGCUGCUGGUCAGAGCGUACUGCCAGGUGACAGAGGCAAAAUGGUGCUAUGAAGCUCAGGGCUGGAAGGUUUCUCUGAGCGAUGGUGAAAAGUGGAGUGGGGAUAAGAUCUGGCUUGCUACAGGCUGCAAGUUGGACGUAAACCAAGACCCCUUACUCUCUGAUGUCGUGAAGGAGUUUCCUAUUCAGAUAAUUGAAGGCUGGCCGUGUAUUUCAGAAACUCUGCAAUGGGCACUUGGAUGCCCUCUCUACUUAAUGGGCCAAUACGCUGCACUUCAGGUAGGUCCCCAUGCUGUGAACCUUGCUGGGGGUCAAGCUGCAGGUUUACGCAUUGCCAAAGAUAUCAUAGGAGAACACAGCGGUGAGAAAGAGCACAGAGAAGCUGCAAAAGUGGAAAAGACUGAAGAGUAUUUAUCACACAUGCAUGGACUUAUGUGGUUAUAAUGCCCAUCUAUCUACAGUGUUGUAAAAAGGAUUUGCCCCCUUACAUAAUUAUUUUGUUUUUGCUUUUCUAUCAUACUUUCCUUUUUUGCAGAUUUACAAACACAUUUUAAUAUCAGACAAAGAAAACCUAAAAAAAAAAUACAAUUAAGCAUUGUCAAUCUCUGUGGAGGAGUUUUAGCCCACUCUUCUUAACAGAAUUGUUAUAAUUGUUGUCUGGUUUAAGAUCAUUCCACGGCAGCUCAAUCAGACUUUGACUAGGCCACUCCAAAACCAUGGAGAGAUUUGCUGAGACUUGCUGAUGUGCUUCAGAUCAUUGUCCUGCUGCAGAACCCAAGUAAGUUUAAUCACAGCUAAUUCAUUUUUUUCCAUAGGGCCAGGUUGGUUUGGAUAAAUUUUCUUCCGUUAAUAAAUAAAACCAUCAUUUAGAAACUGCUUUUUUGUAUUUACUAAAGUUUGUUUGAUAAUCUGAAAAAUAUAAGUAUGACAAAAAAAUCUGUAAGUGGGCAAAUACUUUUUUCAAGCACUGUAUAUAUAUACACAACUUUGCUCAGGAAAUACACUGGAUCUAUUUAAUAAAUCUGGACAAAACACAACAAAUGGAUGUAUAAAAAUUUAACCAUUUUUGAAACAAAAUCAAGAUGAAAUAACGAGGCCCUUAAAGACUGAUGGUGGAGCUCAAAGUUUAGAACAAGAACUGCACCUGUGAUGUGAAAUCCAGCCUAAGACCUAGACCUGUUUUUUUGCUGGUAGAUGGUUUCAGAUAGUCUUUGAUGGUCAAGGUGGUUGGAAAAGCUAUUCGCCCACAAACCCUAUGCUGGUAUGCCAGCUGGUUAUGCUGGUUAUGCAGGAUUUCUGACUAAAUGUAUUGUAUUAAAGUCAAGUCAGGUCAAGAGGGUUUUAUUGUCAUUCCAUCUUGUGUACAAAUAAACAGUACAAUGAAAUUACGUUCCUCUGGAAACAUGGUGCAACAUGGGACAAACUGUACAAUAUAGACCACAUAAAGUGUAAAUAAAUAAUAAGGAAAUGCACCAAAUACAGGAAACAUGAGAAAAUAUGGAGUGGACAGUGCAGUACAGACACAGUACAGUCUAAAGUGUGUAGUGAGAAGAAUUGGCACCUUUCAGAAACAAAAAUUUAAGGGAUGAUUUUGUGCUUAAGGUAUUUAAUUAUUAUUCUUUUUACAAUGUUUGAAUCCGGCAGAAUCUUUUUGUGCACUGUUGUGUCUGAGGUGCUGAGGUUGUGUCUGACUGUGUGGAACACCUGUGUUCACCUCAGCUUUGGUAACUUAGAGAACAGAAGUGGAAAAAAAAAUUGUUGAACAAAUUGAACAGUAUUUGUCUGCUGCUUCUCCUACGACUUGAAAAGAAGUCAUGUCAUUCAAACAGUUAAAACACACUAUGAUUACUGAACACUAUAAACAUUUUUAAUCUAGUUUAAUCUAGUAAAGAAUAAAUAUUUUCUCUUGACAAAUUUAUAUAUUUAUCAACUGGUAAUCCAUCAGUAUAAUGUGUUCUUUAAAUGGCCAUAUACACUAUUUAUAUUGGAUAAUAGUACUGUAUGUUAAAUAAAUGAUUAUUAAUUCGACUUUAAAAACGUUUUAUUGACGAUUCUUUAUUUUAAGAUGGAGAGAUAUUGUCACACCUUAGCCUCUGGGACCAAAACAGGUUUUCCCUGUUUUGGUCCCAUUUGCUCCCAUUUCUUCUGUUUUCCUGUCUUGUGUUCCCAACCAUCUGCUCUUUAAGCACAUGGCCUUGUUUUGUUGUUAUCCUGUCUCUACUCUAGCCCCACCUGUCUUAUUUGUAACCUGCCCCCUAGUUACUUUUUCCAGGUGUCUCUUCUCUGUGCCUGUGUAUAAAUACCCCAUGUGUUCCUUUGUUAUCUGUCUCUAUGUGAGGUAUUUAACUAGUCUGUCCUAGUUAAUCCACUCUUUUGUUUGAUUUCAUUUUGUUUUACCAUGUAGUGUUGUGUUGCCCUGAUUAUAUGUUAUUUGCUGUUAGUUUGAGCCUCAGUUCUGCCAUGUUGGUGUAAGUUUCUGGUUAUUUCUUUUUAGUUUGUUUGUUUCUUUGUUUGCUUAUUUUUGUGAGUUUGUUUUCUAUUCUUCUUGUUAGUGCUUUGUUUUAUUUAUUUUUUUGUUUAUGUAGUCUUAGUUUUUAUUUUAUUGCUUCAGUUUCUGUUCUUUGUUGUUGUUGUUGUUGUUGUUUUUUUAAAGGAGAAUAAAAUC